AUGCCAACCAUGAUUAUUACGGGCAGUUUGAAAAUUAUGAAAACGGCGAUUAUCGCAGUGUUCAAGUUUGAGCCAGUAAGGACGGAAAUGGGAUUGAGGAAAAAUUUAAGUGAAAAUCAGACAAAUAACCAAAGAAACAGGGAGUGUAGGAAACUUAUUAGGUUAUUCACCAGAAAAACAGUGUGUUCUGAUUGUAAAGAAAGAGGACAAAACCCCACUCACACAAUCGAAUACAUUCCUAGUAAUUUAGUGAAAAACAAUAACCUAUCACCUGAUUUAGCCCAAGAAAACCAAGAACUACGCCAACAAUUAGCAGAAGUGCAAAAGCAAUUAGCCGAAGUUUUAACCGAAUUGAAAAAAUUAAAAAGUAAUUCCGCCGGGCAAAGGAAUGAAAAACUAGACCAACAAAUAGCCCAAAAUCAGAAGUUAAUUGAAAAUGGUGAAAAAGUAUCCCAAGCCAAGGUUAAAGAACAAGUUCAAAAGUCCCAAGCUUUAUUAAAAGAAGCCAGCGUUAGUGUUGUCUCAACCAAAGAUAAUCAGAAAGAUAAUAGUUUUGGUUCACUUCCUUAUGUAAUUGGUGGUUCUGUUGUGGUCAUUGGUCUAUUGGCAAGUUGA